AUGGAGAGAUGCCCGGAUUUCUCAGCCUGUUUCCCCAACCAGUCACUAGGGGCUCCUGUUGCAAGGUUUACCUUGAUAGGAUCCCAGGGCCUGAAUCAACAAACACAUCCAACUGGAAACUUAGGGGCAGUCGCAGAAGGCGGGCCGACAAGAGCGGGCGCCUCAGUGUCCCGGCGGCUCGGCCGGAAGACAGGUAGGGGUAGCCCGGCCCCGACCGGCGCGGGUGGCGGCGAAGGGCGGGGGGGGGGCGGGGGGGGCCUGUCCGUCUUGCGCAGGCUACGAGAGACGCCGCUACUUAUGGUGUGCGAGAAAUCCAACUUGGGACACGACGAGUCCCGGCACCAGCAGCAAGUGGAAAAGCAUUACUACAACCACAGGUAUCUUCUGAUUCCUGAAUGUACUGUACCACCAAAAGAGCUGAAAAAUAUCAUCAUGGUUACUGAACCUUAUUACCUGGUGAAGAAUUUAUCUCUUUAUAAAUUAGUUGAUCAUGAAUUUAUUAACACCUUUGAGAAGAAAGGUCAGUUCAUGCUAUGCCCUUACAGUACAAAUAUUGAACAGGAUAAUACUGUUGCUGUGCUGCUAACAGGUAAUAUUUUUAAUCUGAAGGAUGCAAAACUGCUGAAGACUUUUGAAGAAGUUGGACUUCAAGGCUGCCUAUCUCAAUAUUCUGGGAGAAAAGCCAUGAAAUAUAGUGGAGAAGAAUCAAUGAUGAUGUCAUAUUUUUCCACAUACCAGAUUCAGGCACACCAGCCAAAAAUAAAAUUAAGUAUACUUAAAGAUUUGCGGUGUCCAGUGCUUCAAAGUAAUGAGCUGAGAGGAAAGCCAGAAGAAUCCUGCAGUGCACAGGAAGUUUUUGACUGGCUUGGCAAGAUUUUUAAUAAUACCAAAAUGAACAAUCAGUCCUUCAGUUUGUUGUUACCCUAUUGCUGUUUGCAGCCAAACAUGGAGGUAGAGAAGGUUCAUUUGUGUAUGAUCACCAGUCUCAUACUUCUUCAGACAGUAUACCUGUUUUUGGAGCAGCUACUGUAA